GGCGGCGUCCGGUGCGUAGAUUUGCAAAGGGGGCAGGACGGAGUAGGAUUAAAGAAAACCGUUAGGUAAAAGGAGAACAGGAACGAACACCAAAGUGUUGAAUUACGGGACAGCGUGCAGCGGUAAAGGAGAAAAGAAAAAAAACAACAAAAAAAAUCAGAAAACAUCAAACAUAAACAAACAAAAAGGGGGAGUCCACAAUUAAGUGCAGUUAGGAAUAGGAAUUGUAAAGUACAAUUAGUAUAUUCUCUCACCAAAACUAUGCUUUUAUAUAAAGCAAAGGCAAUUUCUUUUAAAUGUACAUUAUUAAACUUUAUAUACAAAUACCACACACUAUCAAAGCAUCGUUUGUUCAAAAUGGUAGUUUUUCAUUUACAUAAAACUGUUCACACUAACAUAUCAAAAAGGGGACUGUAUGUUCUGUAUGCCUUUGCUUCAUAUGUAUUGCGUAAUUAGUAACUAUUUAUACAAAUGUAAAAAAAAUCUAUGCAAAUAAACUCCAUCAUCAUGCCAGUUAAGCCACCAUUAAGCAGAUUACUCAUAAAAUAUUUGUAUUUCCCUUUAAUAUUGUAAUGAAAAUUUAAUAUAUUAAACUGUUGUCCAAGUUUAGUUUAUCUACAUAUUGAUAGUUCUGAUACAUAAUAUAAUACAGGCUAUUUAUACGAUGGCACCAAACAUGUAUAAUUGCAUAAAUUCAAAGAGUAGCAUAAACUUCAUUCAUAUUGCAAAAAAAGCCACACCAAAAUAUAGCGUUCUGUAUCGGAACCAUUUUUUUUUAAUUUGUAAUUACUAGCGUAUGUUAUAAGUUUUUUUUUAUAAACUAGGUACCGAUACAGAUCGUAUUUCGUACCGAGCGGGCAACAAGCUUCAUGCUGCUCUGGCUUGCUCGGAUCAGGCAACGGUAGCACUAAUGACACUACUUUAUGUAAGGGAGGUUUCAUAGGAAUAACCGAAAAUAAUUAAACAAAUUUUCAAAAGGGUCAAAGGAUAAAGGUUGGACAAAGCAAAUACGAAUUAGUAAAUUAGUAGCAACAUUAAAUUUAUAAUCGUGAACGCAAUGCUUACUUUAGCCGAACUAGCUUUUGUUUCAUAGUUGCAAUGUAAUGAAGAAAAGUGAAUUCACAAGUGGUGAAACAAGUGGGUAAACAAUGAAAUAUUACAGUUUCCUGAACGUGAGAUUGUUUUUUGUUUGUAGUGUAUAUGCUAUCAACCAUUUUAAAAUAUAAGGUUGAAUUAAUUAAGUAGUAUGGCAGCCCUGUCUUUAAAACCGAAAAACAAUUAGCAUCGCAUCGUAGAAAUAGGCAAGACGGUAUCUCCGAACCGCCAUAGCACCAGAUCGCGUAAAAAAUUUGGAAAAAAAGAACGUCUAUAAAAAUAUUAUUUUAACAUCUCUGAUCGAAUCACGGACAUAAUAACAUUUUUAAUUUUCAGCAUUAUUGGUAGUUCGUUAUUCCGUUGGUUAUUAUAAUAAACCGAAUAAAAAUACUUAAGACUUGGCCUAAAGGUCUAGAUACCAGGCCAUAAACUCAAAAAAAAAUUAUUCCGUUGGUAGCUGGCAACACUGAGUACUGCGCAUGUCAAAAACAUCGCAUCGACACGAAAAAAAAGAAAACACGAACAAUGGAAUUCGCCGCCGGUCGAUUUUAAGUUCGAGGCUGAGUCAGUUUCGUCUUAUUAAGUGUUCAAAUGAAUAAACAUCUUCAAGAUGACUGGGACGAUAAUUGAGAAUUUGAGUGGUCGAAAAUUAGCUGUGUUAGUUACGUUUCUACUGUUGUGUCAAUUAACAUGUUUUUUGAUUGGCGGCUUGGUCGCACCCAUGCCAGCUAACGCCCAAAUGAUGAUCGCUACCGUAUGCAAGGAUACGACAACUGUGAAAAACGAUACGACAAAGUGGUUUUACAAUCGCGGGAAGGGCGCCUGCCAGAACAUUGGCCUCGAGAAUUUACACCAUGACCUUUCCGAAACGGACUUCGUUUUCGCCUUUCAAAUGCCGCUACCGCGCGAAAACAUGAUUCUAGACUAUUCGAGAUGGCAGCAGAAUCUAAUCGGUGUGCUCCAAAUCGACAUCAAAUAUCAUUCUUUGAUGGAAAUACAGCCUCGCAGUGUAAUAACGAUCGACGCGCGCAUGGCAUACAGAAACAAAGGAGACCCCGAAGAACAAUGGAGGCUAUACACUCGGUCUGUUGAGAAACGUAAUUUAGACUGUGACAUAGAAAUAAAAAGUGAACAUCAUUUGUACAAUUGCUCAGCUAUGCCCCUCUUUGAGUUAGGGUCUUUGUUUCAUGACUAUUAUUUACUGAACAUAAGACUUCCCGUUGAAACCCCAGAUAUGAACUCGCACAUUGGACACAUCCAUGACAUGUCCCUGAUUGUUAUUAAUCAAAAUGGUGGCUUCACCAAAGUUUGGGUUUCACUGAAGUCAGUUUUCUUCCCUAGUAUUGUUGCUAUACUUGUUUGGUUUUGGAGAAGAAUACAUAUGUUGCAGCGCAAGCCAGUUCUGUUAGAAAAGAUGCUGUUAAGCUUAGGCUUAGCUCUUUGUUUAUUGAAUAUGCCACUGGAAUACCUCACCUUGUAUUUCGAUUUACCAUUCAUGCUUUUACUUGGAGAUAUAAGACAAGGAAUUUUCUAUUCAAUGUUGUUCUCAUUUUGGUUAGUAUUUGCCGGAGAACACAUGCUGAUACAAGAUACAUCAACACAAAGUUCUCUUAAGCAAUAUUGGCGUCAUUUGAGUGCAGUUGCGACAGGCUGUGCAUCCUUAUUCAUUUUUGAUAUGUGCGAGAGGGGAAUGCAACUUAGGAAUCCCUUUUACUCAAUCUGGGUCACUGACAUUGGCACUAAUCUAGCUCUGACAUUUAUCAUUUUGGCUGGAAUAUCGACUGGCAUUUAUUUCCUAUUCUUGUGCUACAUGAUUUGGCAAGUUUUUAUCAAUAUAUCUCACAAGCGGCAGUCUUUACCAACCAUGUGCUCUGUGAGGCGUUUGCAUUAUGAAGGCAUUAUAUAUCGUUUCAAAUUUCUGAUGCUGGCUACAUUGCUGUGUGCUGCACUGACUAUAAUAGGAUUUACAUUGGGACAAGUUGCUGAAGGUCAAUGGAAAUGGGACGAGAACAUUGAAUUGGAGUAUACUUCAGCAUUUUUCACUGGAGUUUAUGGAAUGUGGAACAUCUACAUAUUUGCAUUGUUGGUUUUGUAUGCUCCGAGUCACAAGCAAUGGCCAGCCGUUGAGGAUACAUCUGAUACACAGAAUUUGAGCGAGGAAAUUGAAUUUACUCCAUUGCAGGAGCGGUCUAGUGAAAUUUCAUCUCUCACUUCAUUCCUUAAAAAGGCAACUAUUGAUUGAGCUUUGAAUUACAGCUUUUAUACUUUUGUUUGCUUUGUACUAUUGUGAUUUAAAAUGACUGAUUUUUCACACUAAUUUUUUUAACAAAAAUUAUGUUUCACUUAUGUACUCUUUUCAUAUUAAACAUUUCUAAUAAUAUAAGUACCUAUUAAGAUAAUAUUUUUGUUUAAGAACUUAUUAAACUUUGCAAAUAUCGUUCAAUCCUUAGAUUUGUAUAAUCAAAUAUGUAAUGUGUAAUCAAUAUUUAAUCUUAUCUCUUGCUAGUUAAAACUUAGUUUUCAAGCAAUAGUUUUAAAAUGUAGACUUAUGGUGUAUUCAAAUUUAGUGUUGAGCUGAUUCAUUCUUGAGAUCAUAAACAGGUUUCAAGGCACUUAUACUGUAGACUAAAUAAUCAUUUCCCUAAAUAGAUUAUGGCGUAGGCGUGUUCUCAUUUUACUUAACUGUGAUAUGUUUUUUUUAAAUGUAAGUCUGCCAAUUAUUAUACUUAUGUUUUUUUUAGAAACAUGUUUACAUAAAAACAUGAUGUGUUUUAGCUUGCCAUAAUUAUUCUUAUAGUGUGUGUACUUAAUAUUAAUAUUUUUAACUUAUGCAUUUAUGAAAACAGUAUUGAUAGUUAUGUAAGGAAAACUACUGUUGCCAGCUACUUCAUUAGGUAUUUCGUGAGUUUUGUAGUUAUUGAUAUAGUAUUAUAACCAUUUGUACCCGUAAUAAAUGUGUUUUAAAACUAUAAAA